CCUAAAAAUUGAAAAAUAAACACUUCAACAGAUAUCAGAGACAGACUUCAAUAAUCAUAUUAUUAUUUUGAUUGAUUGAAUAUUAUGACUAUAAUGCACCAAGAAUGAAUUUCAAACCUUCCUAUUUUCCUAAUUAUUUUGAAAUAGACGACAUUUUAGCUACACAGGAAAGAGUUCCCUGCAAAUUUACAACCAAUGUUCUUAAACUAGGUAAUCUGAAUCCAUCUUCUGAAGAAAAAGAUUUGAAAAUGGGUACAGCUUUAGAACUCCCUUUAUGGUUUGUUCAAGAUAUAUCAGGUGGAAGGCAAUCUGUAGUUGCUCCAGAAUUACCUAAAUAUUACAAAGAAGGAUACCGACAAAUAUUGAAAGCAGAUGCUAGUGCUGUUGAUCUACAUAAAUUCAAUUUAUAUUUUUAUGAACUAGGGGCUUACGUGAAGAAUUUUGAUAGAAGAAAAGAUGUUUCAGAUACAUUACUAAAUACAUUCACUGACAGAUUCAGACAGUUGAUGGAUUUAUCCGAUAAUACUGAGCAUAAUCCAGCUGCAGUUCAAAGAUUGGAUACUUUAGAGAGGAGAUUAUUCAAAGAUGCUUGUGAAUCUAAAGCCAAACUAUAUGCUUGGUUAGAACACUCUGUAGCUCCUAUAGAAACUGCUUCCAUGGUAUUAAAUCACAAAAAAAGAAAAAGAGUUAAUGUGGAAGAUAUAUUGUAAUUUUUUCUUAAUUUAAUUGAAAAAACAGUUGAGUAGCCGAUUGUAUAUGAUAUUAUAUUAUAUUUUUAAUUGCAAUAGAGAACUGUUUUCUGUUU